AAAUUUAGGGUUUGUUUAUCUGGGAUUUGAAAUCGAAUUGGGGGUUUCGAGUUAUGGUUUUAAAUCUGCAUGUGGGUUCGAUUUAUGGGUCGUUUCAUCUUAGUUUUUCGUGAUUAUUUCGUAAUCUGUUUUAUCUUUGUUGUUUAGAUGGAUCCCGUGGAAGAUAGAAGAAAUACAAAGCGGCAGGAGGAGUACUACAACAGUAUGGUUCACGUGGCCGAUUCAGAAUAUAGGAUUCCCAGGAGGUGUCCCUGUGGUGGGAGAAUCCAAGACGAGGUUCGCGUGAAGGAGAAGUACGACACUCUGCCUGGGAAACGCUUCUUCACGUGCAUCAACUACGAGGCUGAUGGGUUUCAUUACCGUCAGCCUUGGGUUAUAGGUGUGCAGGAGGAGGUCGAAAGUCUGCGUAGGCGGGUGGAGAAGGCUGAGCUGGUGAUCAAGUUGGUGCCCAAUCUCAAUAAACAUAUCGACACAGUUGAGGCAGAGGUUAACCGCCUCAGUUUGGCGGUUGAUAACCUCACUGCUGAGAUUUAUUCUCUCACUGUGCAGGUCGCAAAUCUGGAGAAGGUCUGCUUCGAAUAAAAACCUUAAGGCAAA